ACUGUUGGUAAUUUGGCAAAAAUGUUAAGAACUUUUGCAAAAACAACGAGAAUGCUGCUACAGGCUUCCUUUGCAGCCAUUCCACCAGCUGCAGGAACUAGUGUACUCCAACCACGUGGGAUGUUGUGGAAAAAUUACGCCAAUUUUCCCCACAGCAAAGAACGGCCAGAAAAAAGUGUUACCACCGAAGGGACAAAAGUACCGAAACCGUCAACCGAUAUGGAGAAACGUAGAAAAAUUCUCGAGCUAGAGAUCGAAGUGAUGCGGCAAGAAGGACGAAAGGUACCUUCGUUAUCCACAAUCAAACCAGACCAGUGGGAACAUCUGCUAACACUAGGCUCACGAAAUCAACGCCGGCAUUAUUAUAUGUACUUGUGGAACAUUGAAGUGGUACGCCAAAGCCAGAAGAUUAAAAAGGAACGCAAACAAGAAGAGAUCGCCAAGCGACGAGAGGAACUAAUGAAGGCAACCGCGGAAAACGAUCACAUCGUGUACGGUCUAUUUCACAACACCAUGUUCCUGAGGAUAUACGACUCAACUGUGGACCACUUCCAUAACAAUCGGCUCAUUCAAGCGAUGCAGUUUGGUAUCAAUCUCGUGAUCGACUGCUCCUACGACGAGUACAUGAACGACAAGGAAAUGCGCAAUACAGCGAAGCAGCUAAUGCUAUGCUUUGCACAAAACCGUGCCCAUCCGGAACCGUUCAACAUACACCACUGCAAUGUAGACUACCGUAAAACGACGAUGAAACAGCUCGAAAAGCAUCUCGUUCAGAUCCACCAGCCCGAGUUCCCGUUCAACAUUACCGAACGCAGCUAUCUGGAUCUAUUCCCGAAGGAACGGUUGGUGUACCUAACGCCGCACUGCAAGAACGAUCUUACCGAGUUCAAUCCGGACGAUAUCUACAUUAUCGGUGCGAUGGUGGACAAAUCCUCACAGGAAGCGGUAUCGCUGGGAAAGGCGAAAAAAUUGGGCCUCCGAAUGGCACGACUACCGUUGGAUAACUAUUUUCAGUUUAAAAGUGGAAAAUCGCUUACCCUCGACCAGAUGGUGAUGAUAAUGUUGGAGCUAAAGGGAAGCAAUGAUUUUGGCAAAGCUCUUCAAUUUGUUCCCCGGCGGAAGAUUAUAACGAUGGAUGAAGAGACGGAAAGGGAGAAACAGAGGCAAGAAGCAAGCAAAUUUAAGUUUAACUUUAAACGCUCUGGUGACAAAUGGAACAGUAGUAAAAAGUGGCGGUAAAAGCAAAUACGCAACUAUAGUUUAUGUUAGUAAUACACAUUGGUGCACCCAUAUGCGCUACCGACAGUGGUAUA